UUCUUUACAUCCCUCCCUCUCCCUUCCUCUUUUCUGCAUCUCACUCAGAUAGUCAGAGGAACAUCAGCACAGACAGCCGCUCCGACAUCCAGCUGUCCGGACGCUGAUUCAUUUCACCACACACCAGCUCUGGGUGCAAACUCAGAAGGGGUGUUUGGGAAAUUGAAAGGCGUCCUAACAGGGCCAACAAGGACUCCAUCUUCAGAGAGCUCCGAGAAUGGGAAAAUCAGAGAGCCAAAUGGAUAUCAUGGAGAAAAGCACUAAACCGAGGAAGCAUCGCUGGACUGUAGUGGAGAUCGGACUGUCUGUCAUUGUGCUUCUGAUGAGCUGCGCUCUGGCUGGACUCAUAGUGCUCUACACUUCAGCUCUGAGAGAGCGUUUUAACAUAAAUGAAUCUUCAAAAGGGCUGAAAUAUCGAUCAAAGGCUGACCGCAAUAUCUGUACAACCCCACAGUGUGUCACUGCCGCGGCCCGACUGCUCCAGAACAUGGACCCCAGCGUGGAGCCGUGCCAGGACUUCUAUCAGUACGCAUGCGGAGGCUGGAUAGAGCGUCACGUCAUUCCUGAAACCAGCUCACUUCACAGCGUAUUCAAUAUUCUGAGAGAUGAGCUGGAGAUCGUACUCAAGGGAGUUCUGGAGAUGGAAAGUAAGGAUGACAGAGAGGCCUUCAAGAAAGCCAAAACGCUCUACAGCUCAUGCAUGAAUGAGAUUCUGAUUGAGCAGCGCGACUCGCAGCCUCUUCUCAGGCUCAUUGACAGUAUUGGCGACUGGCCCGUGGCCUCUGAGGUCUGGAACGGCACAGCAGAGCAAGCGUGGAGCCUGGAGGACACACUGGCUGUUCUGAAUGCUCGGUACAAUAAGAAAGCUGUGCUGGAGAUGUUUGUGUGGCCAGAUGAUCGAGACUCCAGACGCUACAUUAUCCAUGUUGACCAACCAGCACUAGGAAUGCCUUCAAGAGAUUAUUACCUCAGUGAUGGGAAUUAUAAGAAGGUAUGUUAUACGUAUCAUCAGGAGUUCAUGGUUUCCAUAGCAAGGAUUGCACGAGAAGACAGGAACCUGACCCAAGAUGAAGAGCGUCUGUGGGAGGACAUGACUCAAGUGCUGGAACUGGAGACAGACAUCGCGAACGGCUUUAAUUGGACACGCUACGUCCAGGGCAUCAUGUCUAGCGUGUCAGUAACGGUGCAGCCGGAUGAACCCAUAGUUGUGUACUGCUCACCUUACCUGGAGAAGCUCAGAGAUGUUCUUUCCAAGCACAGUCACAGGACUCUGCAGAACUAUCUUGCGUGGAUGCUCAUCAUGGAGAGGGUCAGCAGUAUGAGCCGGCGAUUCAAAGACAUGAGAGCGCACUACAGAAAGGCUUUGCAUGGCACUACAGUAGAGGAGGUCAGGUGGAGAGACUGUGUCCGUUAUGUCCAGGGCAACAUGGAGAAUGCCGUCGGGGCCCUGUACGUCCGGGAAACCUUCUCUGGAAACAGCAAACGCAUGGUGCGUGAACUCAUCAAGAAGAUUCAGGAAGCUUAUGUGGAAACUUUGGAAGAACUGAGCUGGAUGGAUGAACAGUCCAAGGAAAAAGCCAGGGAGAAGGCCAUGGCAAUAUCAGAACAGAUCGGAUAUCCCGACCACAUCCUUGAAGAGGAAAAUAAGAAACUGGACGAGGAAUACACACACCUGAAUUUCAGUGAGGAGAACUAUUUUGAGAACAUUCUGGAAAACCUGGCAGCCUCAGCCCAGAAAGGUCAUAAAAAGCUGAGGGAGCCCGUGGAUCCUGACAUGUGGAUUAUUGGUGCGGCUGUGGUCAACGCUUUCUAUUCACACAACAGAAACCAGAUUGUGUUUCCUGCUGGCAUCCUCCAGCCUCCGUUCUUCAGUGAAAAACAGCUGCAAGCUCUAAACUUUGGUGGAAUUGGGAUGGUUAUAGGACAUGAAAUCACUCAUGGAUUUGAUGAUCAAGGCCGCAAUUUCGACAAGGAUGGAAACAUGUACAACUGGUGGAGCAACUUCUCUGCCGAGCGCUUUGAGGAUCAAUCUAAAUGCAUGGUGGAGCAGUACGGCAAAUUCAGCUGGAAACUUGCAGGAGGCCAAAAUGUCAGUGGCAUCACAACACUAGGAGAGAAUAUUGCAGACAACGGUGGCGUUCGUCAAGCAUAUAAGGCGUAUAUGAAGUGGGUGGAGAGGGAGGGCGAGGAGCCCCGUCUUCCCGGACUGGAAAUGGAUCACAAACAGCUCUUCUUUCUAAAUUUUGCCCAGGUCUGGUGUGGUGCCUGUCGCCCUGAGUACGCCAUUCAGUCCAUCAAAACUGACCCACACAGCCCUCUGGAAUACAGGGUUCUAGGGUCCCUCCAGAACUUUGAGGCAUUUUCUGAAGCAUUUCAUUGUGCACGAGGAACUCCCAUGAACCCCGAAGAGAAAUGUCGAGUGUGGUAACCUGCCGGCGGAGUUACGGGAGUCUGUGUAUAUUAUAGGAACCAGGCAGCGGUUCGGAGAGCUUGGAUCAUAUUAUGUUGUGCUGUAGCAGCUGCCUGUCUGUUAGUCUGAUGUGACAGACACGACCAAGGUGUUAGACACCUACAUGUGUGACUGCAUAGAUGUCUACUGUGAACUUUCAAGUGCGCACAUAUAACCGAGUGCAGGCGUCGUGAACGUGCACAGUGAGGGUGUUGUUUAUCUGAAAAAGAGGCAUGCUUUUUCAUUAUCUAUAGGUCCUGUUUGAAUAUUUACAGGUUUCUUUUGACACUAUUAAUUUUGGCAUUGAAAAACAUGUGUAAACACAAUAGUUUCAUUGUAACGAGACAUCAGAUUUUUCCAGAUUAUGUAAAUGGUUAAAUCCCUCGGUUGGCUUUCGGUUCUGUCGGCUCUCCAAGAAUAUAUCCGUUGUGCUUGAGCGAUCCCAAAAACAGCCAACAACUGGAGGCUCGGAAGCCGAUAGAGAUUGUGGUUUGAAUAAAAACCAGUCAAGGCAUCAUGUUUCAUUUCAUAAUAAGCAGCCUUGAAAUAUUUUGAUUAUGCUAUAAGAAAUAUUAUUUUAUUUUCUAAAGCAUGCAGUGGAAAGCGACAAAAGCUGGAGUCCUAUUGAGUGCCAUUUUGCCCAAAAAAAUCUUAAUGUAUAUGUGCGUGCUACAGUACGUUUCUCUGAAGAAUCUGUCAUUCUUUAAAAUCGAGGGCUUAGCGUUACGUAAAAGGACCUGUGUUUACAAUUACAUGACAACCUUAAGACUGUUAAAACCAUAUUGCUUCAGGCUUUGUGUGUUUUUGUCCGUAAAUAGCCUCGAUUCAUGGCUGCCUUGCAAUUACGUGACAGGCUUCUGUUAAAGCCAGCAGAUAAUGGCAGGAAGCUGCUGCAAUACGGGAAUGAAUUAGACACAACGGGUCACUCAGACUGUUUGUUGGUUUCAUACAAGCUGUUCGUUCUGCCAGGGAGCAUUUCUGUUCAUUGCCAAUGUUAACACAAUGUUUUAGUAUGUUUAGGGGCAAGGAUCGGAUCCAGAGAGACAUGCAUUAAAACUGAGGGAUCUUUAACUGUUCAAUCCUCCUGGUUUGGUUUUUAUUCGGGAUUCUUUUUAUCAGAUCAAGCAACACAUUUUGUAAUCAAUAUUUAUUCACAAAUUAGUUGUAAUACUCUACAACCAUUUUUUGUUUGCUUAUGGUUAUUGGUGAAAAAUGUUUACGUCACAUAACUCUGCUGGAAAAACAGGUUAAAGUGUUUUUUAAAGAUUUUUUUUUUUUUUUUGAACAUGGUAGCUGGUUUGUUACUAGUCUACUAACUCUAACCAGCUAGGAAAAGACCAGAUUAAAGUCCAGUUAGACUAGCUUGAUCUACACCAUUUUUUGCUUAUAUGAUCAUUGGUGUAAAUGUUCACUUGAACCUGGUGGAAAAUACAGGUUAUACCACGAUAAAGUGGUUAAAUUGGUUUUUAGAAUAUGGUAGCUGUUUUUCACUGGUCUACUAACUAUAACCAGCCUGGCCAAGAUGGUCUACCAGGCCAAUGUCCAGCUGAUGAACCAUCUAUACUAACUCAAACCAACUAUAAAAGCACAUAAACCAUGAUUUUCGAGCAAGGAAUAUGUAACCAAAAGGAUUCGUUAUGCAAAGGUCUCGCUCAAGGACCUGUUGGCCAGUGGGUUUGUGAUUUUAGGCAAAGUCAUAUCUCGUAAUUUCAUAAAUUGAUGUGGGUUAAUGGGGCGGCAGGGGUUCAUGUGUUAGCUGGAGCAUAGCGGACGAAGCGACAGCCAGCAGUUGUCUCUCAAAUUUACACUUUUUAAGGGAGGCGGCCCUCUCAUUAGAGAUCCGGUCAAGGCCGGUGACUGUUAUUUUCCGUCUUUAUUAAGCAGUAAUGAUGACAGCAGAACUAAAGAGCUGUACAGGACGGAAGAAAAAUGAUAGAAUGAGAUGAAACGGAUGUCAGGAGAAGAAAUGUUUUGUCAAGUGUUCUGAAAGCUUAUAGCGGAGUCAAUAUUGGCUUGCCUUGGGUUAUUGAUUAUGACUGUUAUCUCUCACGACAGAGACUUUGAUCAUUUGAAUGUUCAUAUCUACUUUUUAAGCUUCAUUGCUAGCCAAUCUAAACCUCGAAACCACUGUAAUGGCACGUACUGUUUGAUGCACGUGAGACGAGCGAUAUAUUGAAUGCAAGAAACUUUAGUACAAAUUAAAUAGGGUUUUAAAGUGAUGAACUGUCAAAUAAAACAUAAUCCCUGAAUUAUUAGUGCAUGCAUUUUCCAGUGCAACACCCUGCCUGACAAGAAAUGCAGCUCUGCCUCUUCAUUAAAAAUCGAAAUUGGAAAGAUUUGAACUUUUACAAGGGCAGGUACUGGCGUGGACAGAAUCCAUUGUGAUUCAGAAACAAUACUACAGCCAGUAAUGCACAUAUAUUAUGCUCUAGAGCUAUAUAAAGUACAAAGAGAAAUGCGUAGUAUUGUAAUGUUUCAUUUAUGUACAGUUGAUUUACUUGCCAAUGACGUCAAUGCUAUCAAGGUGCAUUACGGCAAAAUAUGUUACAUAUGAAUAUGCAACACUAUCAACUCAAUAAUAGCAUGCAUACAUCAACCAGACGCCUCUUUGUGCAUUUUCUCUGGCCUCGAGGCAUUUGUUAUAUUGAGAACCAAUAAAAUGAGGUGUGAUGUGAACUACCUGUUCUUUAUAUUCUGCAUUUGUGCCAAGGAUCGCUGAUGUGCUUUUGAGCAAAUCUCAUUUUAAAAUAGCCAUUUUGUAUCCUGUGAAAUUAAAAUAUAUAAAAUCACCCUCUGUGAUUGUUUAUAUGACUGCCUUGAAGAAAUCUGACCUGAAGGAAAAAUAAGUACCUAUCAAAUACUUUGGCAAGUGUGAAUUGUAAAAUAGCAUUUGUGUGCAUUUUUAGCGUGUAGUUGGUUUUGAAGGCGUUUCAUUCGAAAUAAGCUGAUCAUUAUUAUUAUAUGAAUUAUAAUUAUGAAAUCAGGAAUUAUGUACUUUCUUCAGUGCAUUAUGGAACAAUGCAAAGAAGCCGUCAGACGCAAGAAUGAUUCACAAUUCAGUUUUACAGAUUCUGUUGUUAUUUUUUACAUUUUACUUUUCAGUUGAAAGAUGUAUCUCAUGAAAACAUGUCCAGGUUACAUUCCGCCACAAAAUCAAAAGAAGAAAAGUACAGGCAUGUCCAUAAACUUAAUAUAAACUUCUCUUUAUGGUCAAAAUGAAGCCUGUUUUUUGGACUAUUAACAAUUUUUUUUUUUUUUUUUUUAAUUAUGGCAUUUUUGACAUCACACACACACACAUAAUUUUUUUUUUAAUGGUUGAAAUAUGAACUGGACAUGUUCUUUGAAGGUUUUGUAAAAUUCUCCCUCAUAUUACAAUAUGCCACAUGACCACAUAUGCUGCUAUAUGAAUAUGUCUGGGGCUGGUCUUAUUCUGUACAUCGACAUGUUGACUGUUGAAAUGUCUCAAUUAAUAUUUACUGACAGAAAUGCUCUUAAUAUAAUAUGGGGUCCAUGUCUGAUUGAGACCAUAUACGUUUUAAUGACUUUCCAAGUGAAUGCCUUGUAAUUAUAUUGUUCUGCCAAUACUGAUUGUUCAAGCAAAAAUAUAUGGCUUAAAAAUGUUAUUUAGCUACAUUAAACAUUGAAAUAUUGUUAUGAUAUAUGAGAAAAUAUGUAAGCUUCAAAAAUAAACUUAUAUAAAGCAA